AUUUUUUUUAUGAACUCUAUUGCAGAUGGACAAUAAGAAAAUUGCUAUUAUUACGGAUGAACAAGUUGGUACACGAACUGAACGCAAAGAGAAGCCCAAAAUACUUUUUGAUCCUUCAGAGCUUACGCUUCACCUUAAGCGUGCUCCAAUAGAUAAACGUCGCUAUUCAGCAUUCCCUGUUAUGAGGCAAAACGUGGUUUUAUCAACAGAAAGUGACGCUAACAAGCAUAUACAAAACGUAGUUUCAUCAACAAUAGGUAGUGACGUUAACAAGCAUAUGGAAAACGUGGUUUUACCAACAAAAAGUAGUGACGCUAAUGUAGCCAGUUGUUACGUUUGUAACAGCCCUGAAAUAAAACUGGAUCAAAUGAUAUCGUGCGCCUUGUGUGAUAAAACAGUUCAUGCAUUGUGCUUAGAAAUUGAUUUUGAAGAUCCAGAAAAUCUUAAAAAAAAUUUCAAAUGUGAAUCUUGUCGUAAAUGUGAAAUUUGCCACACCCUUUCAGGAAGUGCAAGUACCGGCAGUCCUACGACUGUUGAUUUGUUAACAUGCAUUAAAUGCAUUAAUUACUACCAUUCCGUUUGUCACAUUCCAAACGUAGAUUCUUCUGACAACACCAAAUGUUGGAAGUGUUAUAAGUGUAUGUUACCAACUAUUGGCAGUAAACUAAGGAUAUUACUUAAAAGGAAACCUAUAAAGCCAGUGUCGAGUAUAACAGAACCAUAUCCCAAAGUUAUUAAACAAGGUGAAAAUAAAAAACAAAUACCUCAUAGUUGGACUAAAGUACAUCUAGAUGCAGAUUGGGUAAACAAUGAAAAAAACAAGGAUGAAGAGAGCGUUAAUAAGCAACUUGUAGAAAUACCGGGCAUAUAUAGUGCUACUGAGAUCACACAAAUUGAUUAUAUAAAAAAAUGGAGUGUUGAACAGGUAACAGCUUAUUUCUCCAACUGGUUUCCUAGGGAAGCAAGUGUUUUUCAAGAUUAUAAAAUCGAUGGACCAACACUUCUUUUACUUAAGAGAAACGAUGUUGUUGGUAGAUUGGGUUUAAAGUUGGGCCCUUCUCUUAAAAUAUUUAACUUAAUAUUAAAACUACAAAAUAACUGGAAUGAAAAAAUAUAA